AGUGAUGCACGUGGUGAAAAAAGCUCACAAAAAUCACACUUUUUUCAGUCCUGUCCUCAAGGUUACACAAGAACAAAGCAGCCCACAUCUCAAAGGUCUAAGCCAAGUUGCUACAGAUGUGGGGGAGAUAAUCAUCAGCACAGUGAAUGUCGAUUCCAAAAGGAAAAGUGCCACAAUUGUGGUAAGGUUGGACAUUUACAGAGAGUGUGUAAAGCCUCGAAACGCACAGCAAGAGCGCACAAAGUGUCAGACGCAGCACAAGAAGAGGAAGGUACAACUGAAACAGUAGUGGAACUGUUCAGUGUACACAGCUCAACAACUAAAAGAUGGAAUCUAUCUCAACAUGGAGUUAGCGGGAAAACAGGUUAAAAUGCAGCUGGACACCGGAGCAUCUGUAUCUCUGGUUCCAGAGAGACUCUACAAAGAAAAACUGAAAGAGUGUCCUCUUCAGCCCGCGUCCAUCCACCUUUCUUCAUACACUGGUGACACUAUUCCUGUGUUAGGGCAGAUCCAGGGACCAGUCCGGUAUGAGGGAAAGGAGUGGACGCUACCGCUUGUCAUUGUUAAAGGAGAAAAAUCAGCCUUGCUAGACUGGCUACAAAAGAUCAAGUUGAACUGGGGAGAAAUCUUCAGUCUGAGAAAUUACAAACCAGUGAGUCAGGCUACACUCACUAACAUGCUGGAGAAGCACAAAGAACUUUUCAAAGAUGGCUACGGUGAAAUACAAGACUUCACAGCAAAAGUCAGAGUGCAAGAAGGAACCAAGCCUAUCUUUCACAAACCACGUCCAGUUCCCUAUGCUCUUAAGGAAGCAGUAGAGAAGGAACUGGACCGCCUACAGAAGAAUAACAUAAUCAUGAAAGUAGCGAGGAGCGACUGGACCGCUCCGAUUGUUGUAGUCCCAAAGAAAGACAAGACCGUCAGAAUGUGCGGUGACUACAAGGUCACAGUAAAUCGCUGCAUACUACCAGAGGAAUAUCCACUACCAAACGCUGAAGAUCUGUUUGCCACUCUAGCUGGUGGGAAGGUUUUCAGUAAGCUGGACCUGGCAUUCGCUUAUCAGCAACUGAAGCUGGAUCCGGAGUCAGAACAGUAUCUGACCAUCAAUACACACAAGGGGCUAUUCAGAUUCAAUCGCUCAGCCUAUGGAAUCUCAACAGCUCCAGCGAUAUUCCAACAAACAAUGGAUCAGAUCUUGGACGGUAUAGACCAUGUUGUGUGCUUCAUGGACGACAUCCUCGUGUCCAGCACCUUGUAGUGCUGGACAAAGUGAUGUCAA